AUGAAUCACAACUGGCAAGCGGCGUUCUUUAGCCAUGCUUUGGACAAACCACCAAUCGCCAAAAAACAAGGCCCUCCCGGUGAGAAGGAUGAGAGAAUCCCCUUGGUGGUGACGAACAAGUGUGACUCGACAAUAUGGCCUGGCGUUGCAACGCAGUCCGGAACAGGGCCUGGAAUUGGAGGAUUCGAGCUGGCAGCCAACAAAACAAGGAAGCUAUGGGUAGGUCCUGAUUGGCAAGGUCGAGUAUGGGGCCGGACAAACUGCACUGUCAACGGAGAUUCAUGCGCCUGCAAGACGGGAGACUGCUUCGCAAAGAUGGACUAUGAAUUCAGUGGAGCUACUCCUGCAACACUGGCAGAAUUCAACCUGGCUGGUGGAGUUGACAACUUGCAAACGUUUUACGACAUUUCUCUCGUCGACGGAUACAACAUACCCAUGGGGAUCAACUACAUCCCAGCCAAGAACACCACCUUCAUUCCCCCGAACCUCACAAACUGCGCAUGCAUAGCCACCACGGGCUGGGUAUACUCGCCAGCAGGCAAUGGCACCUUUUACUCCAAUGUGACAUAUCCGAUUCCCCUAGAGUCGGAAGAGACGAACGAGAGUCGGCCUGCCUUUGCUCCGUGCAACAGUGCCUGCGCAGCCACUGGAACAGACAAGGACUGCUGCAUCGGCAAGUAUCAUGAUCCCCACAUCUGCAAGCCGUCGCAGUACAGCAAGUCAGUCAAGGCCGUAUGCCCGGACGCCUAUAGCUUUGCCUACGAUGAUCAGCAAUCAACCUUUAUCAUCCCCAAGGGCGGCGGCUGGGAGGUCGUCAUGUGUCCCGAAGGCCGAUCGACUGAUAUUCUCCGCAAGCUGGGCUCAGAAAUGUUUGAGUUGGCAAGCGGUGGUAAAUUGUCGCCACACACUCUCAAGAGGCUUCGAAAUGCAACAUAUAUCAUGGAAGAACGUGGGUCUGCGGGCGUUGUGAGGCCAUGGGCAAUCAUGCUGAUGAUCUGCGUCGCUGUUGCUUGUACCUGGGCAAUACUCUAA